AAUAUCAAUCAUCCACUGGAACAAAUGCUGUACAUGGCCGGCCAAACACUGUCAACAACUGAACUAGCCACUUUUAGGUCGGAUUUGAAGCCCACACAGGGCUUCUGCUGGAGGUGCUUCGGAUGUCCAAGUACAAACUGUUUCUGCUGAGGCAUGGGGAGGGGGCCUGGAACAAAGAGAACCGGUUCUGCAGCUGGGUUGACCAGAAGCUGAGCGAGGAUGGGCUGAAGGAGGCCAAGGACUGUGGCAGGCUGCUGAAGGAACAGGGCUACAAGUUCGACUUAGUAUUCACCUCCCUACUCAGCCGCUCCAUCCAGACAGCAUGGCUUGUUCUGGAGGCUAUGGGUCAGGAGUGGGUUCCUGUGAUCAAGUCCUGGAGACUGAAUGAGCGGCACUAUGGUUCCCUCAUUGGCCUGAACCGGGCAGAGAUGGCUAAAGAACAUGGAGAGGAACAGGUGAAGGUAUGGAGAAGAAGCUACAACGUCACUCCACCUCCAAUUGAGGAAUCCCACCCUUACUUCCUGGAAAUCUACAAUGACCGCAGAUACACCACUUGUGACGUGCCAAAGGAAAACCUUCCCAGGGCAGAGAGCCUGAAGGAGGUGUUGGACCGGCUGCUUCCAUACUGGGACAGCACUGUGGUGCCAGAGAUAAAGCAAGGCAGGACUGUGCUCAUUUCCGCUCAUGGAAACAGCUGCAGGGCUCUGCUGAAACACCUGGAAGGUAUAUCAGAUAAAGAUAUUGCCAGCGUGACUUUACCUACUGGUAUACCUGUGCUGCUCGAGCUGGAUGAAAACCUGAAGGCUGUGAAACCUCGACAGCUGCUGGGAGAUCAAGUGAAGAUUCAGGCGGCAAUUAAAAAGGUGGAGGACCAGGGGAAAGCUAUACCGUCAACUUGAAUGCACUGAACUGGCUGCAGCUCUGUUCUGCUCGCCUGUGUGCACUCUUAUUAGGUCAACAGGUACUGUGAAAAGACUAAAAUAAUAAUAAUAUAACAUCAGACAAUAACUAAAACAACUUUCAAAGGAUAGGUGUGAAAAUGCUGUACGUGUAAUAGUGGCCUGAUCUGGGUACAGAGAAUGUGUCACAGGUCAGACAGGUACGACAGGAGCAGGAGGGAGUUCUGUACUGUGUACUGUAAAUGCUUUGAUGCUGGGCUGAGUUGUAUUGUGUGUACACACUGAAUUUAAGCUAGAUGUUCCUAUGCCUGUAUAUUGUCCCUGAAGAGGUUAUUUAUUUAUUUGCUUAUUGAUCUUACCAUAAAGAUUAAUAGUAAUUUGGUGAAGCUGAAAAACUUGAACUAUAUCAUAUCCAGAAAAAUGACUUUCUAAAAAAUGCCUUUCUGUUACAUUGAUAAGCUUUAGGGACAUUGACUUGCAUUAAAACAUUUGCCUUCAGUAUUAAUGUAAUGCUAA